GUGCAGCCUAAUAGAAAUGUGAUGAGAAUUUGGGCAGCUCUAGUACAGCACUGCUUUAACUACUGCACAAACCAGUACUAACAAUAAUGGUCUCUAUGUCUUAUAUAAAAGUCCAAGCAUAUCGCAAAGAAGCAUCACAAACAAGGACAACAGAUAGACCAAAGGUAAGAAUAACCCAUAUAUUUAGACUUAGAACUGAAUCUAUGACAGUUCGUGCUAUUCUUUAGUUGUUGGGUACUAACAGCUUCAGAAUAUUCUGCAGUGGAAAGAUUAAAAUUGGGAUGCCCUAAGAGAGACAAAUGCCUACAGAUUCCUAGUAAGCUUCCAAGAGCUGAAGUCUUGGAUGACUUGACAACUAACUUACCUAGCUCAUAGUAGCCUCUGUGGGGUCUAGUUUGGAUUUGAUGAAAUUAUAUUAUUAGGAGCUGGACUAAGGAAGGGGAGAGUAUUUCUUGUCUGUGUCAACCCUGAAUGGAUCAAAGAUUGAGGAAAACUUUUUGCAGUGUUUUCAUGCAAAAACUUAUUCAUGCAGAAUAAGACAGUUGAAUCCAAAAAGUGAAAGUGGAAGUACUGAUAUGAAAUGUUUCAGUUGUCAAGUUUGGAAUCUUCUUCUAGGACAUGAAGUAAACGUACAUCAGAAGAAAAAACAAAGCAUUGUGUGCAUAUCACUGUCAUGCUCUAAAAAUGGUAAUAGUGGCAAUAUUUGGAAACUUCUCUAGAAAGCUGAAUUAGAUUUAUAGACUAAUUCAGGUUGGAUAGGACUUCUGGAGAUCAUCUGGCCCUGUCCCCUCUUGAAGAAGGACCAGCUUAAAUGAAGUUGCUUAGGACCCUGUCCAGUUGAGUUAUGAAUAUCUCUGAGAAUGGAGAUACCACAGCCUCUUCAGGGCAAACUGCUUCAAUGUUUGACUAGACCCCAACUUAAUAAUUUUUUGCUCUUAUCUAACUGAAAAUUGCCUUGCAACUCGUCUGUUGCCUCUUGGUCUGUCACUGAGACUUCCACAGUGAAUUUGACUUGGUGUCCCCUUUAGCCUCCUUUUUAUUCUUAGUGUGUUGUGCUGUGCUAAGCAGUAACAUCUGUUGAAACUACAAUUUUCAUGUAGUUGAGAUGUGACAGGAAUGUAUUUCUUAACAGGAUUCACUAGCAGGUUUAAGCACAGUUCUGACCUUUGGCUGCCAUCGUGACUUACUCAGGUUGGUAUCUGAUAAAUCAGUUGGUUUUCUUUGACUGAAGAGUGGAGAUGUUCCAGUUUUUCUUUCCUGGAUGUUUAUAUUUCUUUGAGCAUGGAAACAGAAUGAUAUUUUAAUUGUAUCUGAAUACUUCUAUGAUGAGACUUACAAGCAUUUUAUAUUAAUAAUUAACCAUUUCUUAGUUGAGAAAAAAUCAGAUUUAUUCAUAGAACUCUAUCAGUUAUCUGAAAAGGUGGUAAGUAGAAGUUUAAAUUAAUAAUUAACCAAUUGCAAAAUAAUGACCUUUAGUUAAAGAACACAUUCUGACUUAACAAACUGUUAAAAAUCCUUAAAAGUAGAUGUCUUGAUAAUCACAUAUUCCAAUAGUGAAGUUGUAUGAAAUCUUACAUAGUUAUACAUGUGUUACCAUUGAUGUUGUAGCAAAAUACUAUAUGUUAAAUAGGAUUUGGUUUCUUAGUAACUUUGAGUUAUUAAGGCUUUAAUAGCACUGCCUUUAGAUAAUUAGAGGAAUAUUUGAGAUGUACCUUCUAAGAGGACAAGAACAAAGUUCCUUAUUUAUUUGAUGUGUAUUUUCAAUUUAGGGUGUACAGAGUGAUCAGAUUUAUUUGGAAAGUUUUUCACCCAUUCAUGAACAUAAUGAUCAGAAGAUUGAGCUAACUUUCUUUCAAUGACAGAGAAAAAAGUGGAAGCUAGAAACUGAGUGGAGCUAAAGGGCCACAGAUGAAAGGACAUGAACAUUUCUGAAGGUGUGAGAUGUGUCUGACAGUGACCUCCUAACCUUGUGAAGUACUUACCCUACUAGAGGACGGUGUUACUUUCCCUGCUGAUAAUGCAGCUCCAUGGAGGACAGUAAUGCUUGGAUAAGCAUGCGCGAGGAUCGCUCCUUCCACGUGCGAUACAGGAUGGAGGCUUCCUGCCUGGAGCUGGCUCUGGAAGGUGAGCGCCUGUGCAAAGCAGGAGAUUGCCGGGCUGGUGUGUCGUUCUUUGAAGCCGCUGUCCAGGUUGGGACUGAAGAUUUACGUACCCUGAGUGCUAUUUACAGCCAGCUGGGCAAUGCCUAUUUCUACCUGCAUGAAUAUGCAAAGGCCUUGGAAUACCACCACCAUGAUUUAACUCUUGCAAGGACAAUUGGAGAUCUACUGGGAGAAGCUAAAGCGAGUGGGAAUCUGGGCAACACCUUAAAGGUACUUGGGAAUUUUGAAGAAGCUAUCGUUUGCUGUCAAAGACAUCUGGAUAUUUCCAGAGAGCUUAAUGAUAAGGUUGGAGAAGCAAGAGCACUGUAUAAUCUGGGAAAUGUGUAUCACUCUAAGGGGAAAAACGUAGCUAGUGCGGGGACUCACGAUCCAGGGGACCUUCCAGAUGAUGUGAAAAAUGCUUUACAAAAAGCUGCAAAUUAUUAUGAGGAAAAUCUGACAAUAGUAACAGAGCUGGGUGACAGAGCAGCACAAGGACGUGCCUUUGGAAAUUUGGGAAACACACACUAUCUUCUGGGCAACUUCAGGAGUGCAGUUUUAGCCCAUGAACAGCGUCUCCUAAUUGCAAAAGAAUUUGGUGAUAGAUCAGCGGAAAGAAGAGCAUACAGCAACCUUGGAAACGCCUACAUAUUCCUGGGGGAAUUUGAAACUGCUUCAGAAUACUACAAGAGGACACUGCAGCUGGCUCGGCAGCUGAAGGACAGAGCCGUGGAAGCACAGGCCUGCUACAGCCUCGGGAACACGUACACUCUGCUCCAGGACUACGAGAAAGCCAUCGAUUAUCAUCUGAAACACCUGGUGAUUGCUCAGGAAUUAAAUGAUAAAAUUGGUGAAGGAAGAGCCUGCUGGAGUUUAGGGAACGCAUAUACUGCUCUGGGAAACCAUGACCAAGCUAUCCACUUUGCAGAAAGGCACCUGGAAAUUUCAAGAGAGGUAGGAGACAGAAGUGGAGAACUCACUGCCAGACUUAAUCUCUCAGAUCUUCAAAUGGUUCUUGGAUUAAGCUACAGUACAAACAACUCCAUGAUGUCAGAAAGCCAUGUGGUAGAAAACAGUUUCAAUGGUACCAGACCGAGAGCUGGACGUCGUCACAGCAUGGAGAACAUGGAACUUAUGAAAUUAACCCCAGAAAAGGUUCAGAACUGGAACAGUGAGAUUCUUGCUAAACAGAAACCACUGGUUGCCAAACCUUCAGCAAAACUGCAUUUUGUAAAUCGACUAAAAGGCAAAAAGUACAAAACCAGCACCACUUCCAAAGUUUUGCAGGAUGCCAGUAAUUCUAUUGAUCAUCGACUUCCCAACUCCCAGAGGGUAGGUCUGGUGAGCUGUGGAGAUCAUCACCUUCACUCAUCUUUGUCUGAUCAGAAUUAUGGAAAACACAUUCCUGCAACUGUCCAUUUCACUUUAACUUCAUUUAAACACUGUGGCUCUGUAAAACAUGCAGAAUCUUCCAUUCUACAGCUGUCUCAUGGGUGGUGCCAGCUUUAAGCUUUUCCUAACACUGAAACCAUUGUAUUCUUCAUGGAUUUUCUAAAGUUAGAGAUCAGCUUAUUUCUAAGUCUCUUCUAGACACUGCUUCUCUAAACUUAACAAAAUCUAGUUUCUCUGAUUCAGGCAGUGGGAGAUAUUUUGGACAUUUUAGAUUAUUGCACUCUUGACAGAACUCAGUUAAAAAUAAAAGGCAUUUGAUCAUAAACCUGAGGAGACAAUGGAAACUGUUCAUUGCUGUUCUUGUUGCUUUUCUUCCGUCAUGGGCAUUUGGGUUUUUUUCAGUGGAUUAAUGGCUGAGGAGGAAUAACUCCAGCUGUACCAUGAUCCAAGCACUGUUUCUUUCCAUGUGAGAGAAUGAAAUGUAAGGUAUAAUAUAUUACACCUUACAAAAAUGCUGCCAUAUUGUUAUAUCUCCUGUUAUGAUAAAUCUCUGUCUAUAGAAAGGGAUGACUAAAAAAAUUUAUUUUAACAGAUUUCAGAUACACAAAUAUGAAACAGGACUGGACUAAACUCUGAUGCAGUUGUCCCAGCUUUAGGUACUCUUAAGUUCC